UUGACAUUGACAUAAUAGGUCAAGUCAAUGCAAACUGCAAAGUGCGAAUUUUUUUAAUUUAUUUCAAAAUAAAAAAUAAUAUUUUUUCCACUAAUUUUAAUGCUGUUGCCAUCAAUUUAAAAUUAAUUAAUGAUUAUAAUAUGAAAUAUAAUAGUUUAUUAUGGAGCAGUUUUACUGACCCAAAAUAAGUGGAUCAAAAUCAUUGAAUCCACAAGGACUUGGAAGACUUGGUUAUUGUUAGCUAAACAAUAAAGUAUAAACCUAGCUGAAAGCAAAAGAUGAGUUUGAGGAACAUCUUCGGGAGCAGCAGUGAACUAUUUCGCUUCGUGCUACAAACUGCUUGUAUUACUCAUUGUACUUGGGAAUUUGUUGGAGACUUUGUUAUGUGUUCCGGGCCAUCAAUGGAACCUACCCUUGAAACUAACAAUAUACUUCUGACAGAACACAUAACCCCUCGCUUUCAGCGGCUUUGCAAAGGUGACAUAGUAAUAGCAAAGUGUCCACGGAACCCAAAACAGUAUGUAUGUAAAAGAAUAACAGGAUUGCCUGGAGAUAGAGUGAGAGGUCACUUCCCUGGUCGGAGUCAAGUUGUGCCCAAAGGACAUGUGUGGCUUGAAGGGGACAACUCUAAUAACUCUGCUGACUCUAGAGUCUAUGGUGCUGUACCCCAAGGUCUGAUAAGAAGUAGGGUUGUAUGCCGAAUAUGGCCUCUAAAUAAAAUAAGUUCAUUAUCUGAAUAAUAAUAUUGCAGGUUUGUAAAUAUUAGAAUAUUGAAUUACAUUUAGUGUUGAAAGGUUUUGUCUUGAUUUCUAUAGUAAUUAAUUUAUUUGAAAAGUUUAUAUUUUAAGAUAUGAUUUAGUCAGUUUGUGGAAAUAAAAAUGCUGUUUUCAAAUGAA